AUGCGACUAGCAGCGCUCUUGUUGGCUCUCACGAGAGCCUUUGAGCUGCCUCGGAUUCACCCUGAAGCAACAUCCUUGCUCAGCGAUGGCAAGUGGUGGGCGCAGGUUGGGGACCAUGUUGUACACACUCCGCACGCUUCAAGUGGCCUUAGCACCAACAUCGGGAACUACUACUAUGCGUACGGUUCCCACAAAGCUCUCAAUGACGAGCUGCGGGACAAGCGUGUAGGUGGUGCUGGCCGUGUUCAUAUUUUCCACCUGCCUGAGGGAAAAGAGUCGCUGGCCACAACCUUGCCAAAAGUUGCAGGGCGCCGUGAUUCACUGAGUUCAUUGGUACAAUUGAAUCACAAGGAUGUCCUUUCAGACGCGAAGCUCUUUCCGGACUUUGAGCUGCCAAAGGACUACUCGUCUGGCCUCAGUGAAGCUGGGGAGCGGCUGGAGAAGAAGGUCGUAGACUCUAUCACCAGUGACUCCAUGAUGCAGCAGCUGACGGAGUUGGUGCAGCUUGGAGAUGGUACUCAGCAGACCAGGAGUUAUAGCAAUCCUGUAGCCACUGCAAAUUCGGUGCGAUACUUGCAGAAAAAGUUCAAGGACAUGGGCUACCAAACGUGCAAGGAAUCGUUCAGCGACCAGAACGACGUGGUAGCUUUCUUACCUGGCAGCGAAAGUGGCAGUGUCACCAUCGGCGGACAUUAUGAUUCCAGACCCUUCGAGGGACUAGCCCCUGGUGCUGUGGACAAUGGGAGUGGAGCUUCUGCAGUGCUCGCCAUUGCCAAGGCAAUAGCAGAUGCUGGCGUCAGCCUGGCCCAAAUUGCAGCUUCAUUACCAGUUCUCAACUCUGUCAUGUGUGCAGGUUUCUUGGCUAAUGGACGUUGCAGUUUAGUUUUGAGACUGUUCCGUAAGAUGUCCCUCCGUGAGCGUGCAGAGCAGUUUUGCAAAAAGACUGGGAGGAAGCGCUGUGUCCAGCUUCCAGAGGAAGCAUUGAGCUGGGAUGAGAGAGAGUGUGAGUUGUGGUUUUACACCGAUGGCGAAUUUCAUCCGCGAGAGGCACCAGCAAGCAACUGGCACUUCCUUGGAGCAAAGGAGAGUCAUGCAGGCAGAAUUUCUGUGAUCACAGUGACAACUGGGGACCGACACCGAUUUCACGAACUACUGUUUUGGAACUUUCAGUGCCAAGCAUGGGACGACAAGGAGCUUAUCGUCAUUGAGACCUACGAGGAUGAGCCCAGCUCUUUCUUGUCGGGAAAGGCUGCAUGGAACAACAACAUGAAGGUCAUCAGCCUGCAGAGAUUACCAGGUGAUGACCUGUCCAUUGGUGUGAAGAGGAACAUUGGCGUCCACGCAGCAAGCGGUGAUCUCAUAGCUCACUUUGACGAUGACGAUCUUUAUGCCCCAGGAUACUUGGCGUUUAUGUCGACCAGGAUGAGCCACUUUGAUGGUGCUGCAGCUUUGAAACUUUCAAGCUGGUAUGUGGGCAACGCAGAGGUGGGUGCCUUUGGCUAUUGUGAUGCAGCACGACUGGGGCGAAGACGUCAUAUGAGCAGGAAGACACCUGAAGUGAAAGUUGGAUUAUAUUCGUUUGGAUUUACUUUGUUAUACCACAGGCAGGUGGCAUUGAAGCUGCCUUUCGCCGAUAAAAAUCUCGGUGAAGACUACGACUGGUGUGUAGAACUAAUUGAGAAACUUGGCCAGCGCAGCUUGGCUUUGAUGCCGGAUGAGUUUGGAGUUUGCCUACAUGUCCAGCAUGGCGACAAUGUUUCUGAUAUUGACCCGUUUGUGUACACAGAUGUGCCACUGAAAGAGAUCCGCAGUCUGAAGGUGGUCGACUCACCUGGCUUUCCUUCCUUCAUCAAGCUGGCAGAAUUGGUCGCCAGGGUCGAAGAAGCGCGCCAUCAAGGAAACAUUUUGCCCCCCAAACUUGCCAAAGAAGCUCGAGACGCUGGCAUCAUCAGUGAUGAAGAUGCAGGAAUUGCCUGA